AAUAAUCAAAAAUUAAAAAUUUAAUUGAUAUUCGAAUAAUUUACACAAAUUAAUCUUAAAAUUAACAACAUUUCGAAGAUAAAAGCAAUGAAAUCAACAGGGAGAAUUUCUGACAUAAUACCAGGAAACAGGAGGACAGAAACAUCUCAUAAUUAAUCUAUAUAAGGAGAUUAAUUCUUAGGAGAUACUUAGUAGACCAUUUAAUCAAUAAAUUAAUAGACUAUAAACAAUAAUAAUAUAAAAAACAACUUAUAAAUGUAGAUGGAAACUGAUAGUAGAUUUAAAAUGAGUGAUAGUUAUUAGCAUUUAUUUAAGGAUAUUAAUAGCUAUUUAGAAGAAAUAAAAAAAUCAGCAGAGAAUAAUGAUGAUAUUUUAAAAGACAUGCAAUAGCAAAGUGAAAAAUUAGGAACAUGCAUAACUUACCUAAGAUAAUUUAUGUUUAUGCAUAAUAUCCACUUUGAUAAUUCGAAAUUUCUUAAUGAAUAAAAUUAACAAUCUGAAUAUGAAUCGAAUACAAAUUUAAGGAACACUAAUAAAUCAAAUACAAUUAAAUCUUAACAAAAAAUAAGAUAAUAAAAUACUGCCUUCUUUUCAAAAUCCAAAGCUUCAUAAGUAAUAAAUAAUCCAUCUACUUAAGAGCUUGUAUCUUAAAAAAGAGAUAAGUCUCCGAUAACAAAUACCAAUUAAUAAAAUUAUGUAGUAAACUAAACUAAUGAUUUGUAUCAGCAUUAAAAUUCAUAGUAAUCAUAAGCUAAUCCUCCUUCCAAAUUAUCAAAUAUGCUAAGCAGUAUAUUGUAAGAUAGGAAAUCAAAACCAAAUGCUAAUAACAGCAAAUCAGGAAUAAUAUCAACUAAAAAAGUAUGA